GGGGCGCGUGCGCGUGCGCGUGCGCGCGGAGGUUUAGCGCCCGGCGGGGGCGGAGCGGCAGCCGCGGCCCACGCCGUAAACAGACAACAUGGCGGCGGCGGUGGCGCUCGGAACGGGGGCCUUGGGUCGCUUGCAGGCCGGCGUCGCCCGCCUGGUGGCCGUGUGCUCCGCACGGCUCGGCCCGGGGUCGAGGCCGCCCGGCUCGCUGGCGGCCCGGCAGGUGGGCCCGGCAGUCUGGGCCCAGGGCUGGGCGCCCGCGGCCAGGGGUCCCGCCCCGAGAAGGGGCUACAGCUCCGAGGUGAAGGGCGAGGACGAGCUGCGGGUGCGGCACCUGGAGGAGGAGAACCGAGGAAUUGUGGUUCUUGGAAUAAACAGAGCUUAUGGCAAAAAUUCAUUCAGUAAAAAUCUUAUAAAGAUGCUAUCAAAAGCCGUGGACGCUUUAAAAUCUGAUAAGAAAGUACGGACCGUAAUAAUCAGGAGUGAAGUCCCAGGGAUAUUCUGUGCUGGUGCUGACCUUAAGGAAAGAGCAAAAAUGAAUUCCAGUGAAGUUGGUCCUUUUGUCUCCAAAGUAAGAGCAGUGAUUAAUGACAUUGCUAAUCUUCCAGUGCCAACGAUUGCAGCCAUAGACGGACUGGCCUUAGGCGGUGGUCUCGAACUGGCUUUAGCAUGUGACAUACGAGUAGCAGCUUCCUCUGCAAAAAUGGGCCUGGUUGAAACAAAGUUGGCAAUUAUUCCCGGUGGAGGGGGCACACAGCGACUGCCGCGUGCCAUCGGAGUGUCCCUGGCCAAGGAGCUCAUCUUCUCCGCACGAGUCCUCGAUGGCCAAGAAGCCAAAGCAGUGGGCCUGAUCAGCCACGUCCUGGAGCAGAACCAGGAGGGGGACGCCGCCUACAGAAAGGCUCUGGACCUGGCACGAGAGUUUUUACCUCAGGGACCUGUUGCAAUGAGAGUGGCAAAAUUAGCAAUUAAUCAAGGGAUGGAGUGUGCUUUCUGCAGGGAGACACAGACAGGUAAAUCUUCAGGGUGUCCUGAGGUUACCCAGGGAGAUGACUCUGGAAGAAUGAAGGCCCCGGGCAGAGGAGGGCGUGGUACACACACCCAUUUACUUGGGGCUUUUAGUUACAGCUGUUAAUUUUGGUUAAAUUAUGGGUGUUUUGAAGAAAAGUGCUUCUUUCUUGCAGACCUAGGAGCUACUGUAUCUUGCUGUGCUUCAUAGCUGUAAAAAGAGAUCGAAUUUAUUAGCAAUAAAUGUAGUUUUAUAAAUUUGCAAGUAUUUGAUUGACUUACUUAAUAGCAACAACACUAAUAGCAAACACCUUAUAUAGCCGUUACUAUGUACCAAGCUUUUUAUGUGUGUGUGUGUGUGUGUGUGUGUGUGUGUGUGUAUUUUAUAAAUGCUUCACCUGUAUUAACUCAUUUGCUAUUCACAGUACCUCAUCUGGUGAACAUUAUAACUGCCCUUUGUUCAGACAUCCCUCUCUGAAGCACAAAGAGGUUAAAUAACUUUCCCAAGGUUACGUAGCUCUGAAGUGCAGGAGCCAGGAUUUGAACCCAGGAAGCCUGGUUCUAAGUCUCUCAUGUUGGUCAUCUUGGUGAUUUACUUACAUCAAAGGAAUCUGUGCUUUUGGGAUAGGGUUAUUCAAUUUAAAUUUAUGUUAAAUGUGCCAUAUUUUAAAAAGUUAUUUCUACUAAAAUGCAUCAUGCUUUUAU